UGGAGGUUACGAGCAGUAUUGCAUUUCUGGCUUUCCUGCACAUUUUACAAUGACGAAGCCAAAUAUGUUAUUUACGCAUUCGCUAUUAAAUUUAUAUUCGGUUAUACCGUGUCGUAGAAAUGUCCGCUGAAGCAGUCAAAGCGAUAAUAUCUGAGACCGAAAGUAUAAUUAGCAUAAGGCGAUAAUUUAGCUCCAUGUCAACAACAUCGCGAGUGAUUAUUUAUUACAGUCAAAACAGCGAUUCCUUUACGUUACAUCUUCAUCCGAGUGUUUGACUCGUGCUAGCUCCGUGAAGCCCUUUGGUUGUUAUUUCGGGCGUGUUUGUGUGUGUUUAGGGCGUUUGUGUUAUGUUUGAGAUGGACAGAGAGGAAUCAGACAGACUGAUAGAGAAAGCCAAACUGUGCCUGCGGUCGGGACGGAAGGAGAAAGCCCUGCAGCUGCUGUACGAGGCUCAGAGGAUUUACCCCAGCGCACGGGCCAGAGUACUCAUCGAUGCCAUUGUGAAAAAUGGUGGCCCCGUUCCCCCUGAGGAAGAGCGCACGUUCACGCCUCCACCCGGCUGGAGGAACUCCAAACUAAGUGAAAAUGGCUCGGCUCUACAUCAGCGGCCCAACUUGCAUGAGAGAGGAGAGGGGUCCGGCGAUGACAAGAAGAGCUACACUGAGGAACAGCGUCAGGGAGUGCUCAGGAUUAAGAGAUGUAAAGACUUCUAUGAGAUCCUGGGAGUGUCGAAGGAAGCUAGCGAUGAGGACUUGAAGAAAUCCUACAGGAAGCUGGCGCUACGAUUUCACCCAGAUAAGAACUUCGCCCCCGGAGCAACGGAUGCUUUUAAAGCUAUAGGAAAUGCAUAUGCUGUGCUGAGUAACCCAGAGAAGAGGCAGCAGUACGAUCAGUAUGGUGAUCAGAGCCCUGCAGAUACAUCCAGUCAAAAUUCAGCACAGCCUCGCCACACGUACGCACACCACCGCAACUUUACCAGGGACUUUGAGGCUGACAUCUCCCCAGAGGAGCUCUUCAACAUCUUCUUCGGGGGAAGAUUUCCUACAGGCAACAUCCAUGUGUACACCAACCGAGGAGCCUCUUAUGCUAAUUAUUAUCAGCCCCGCAGACGCCGCACAUUUGAGAGAAGAGAUGAGGAGGUGGAGGAAAGCCGCAGUCAGAACAACUUCACAGCUCUCCUGCAGCUCCUGCCGGUGCUGGUUCUCAUUCUAAUCUCUGUAUUUACUCAGCUGAUGGCCACCAACCCUCCAUACAGCCUCUCCUACAAACCGUCCAUGGGGUUGGUGGUGUCCCGGGAAACCCAACACAGGGGUGUGCCGUAUUAUGUGGAUAAGAGCUUUGAGAAGGAGUACGGUGGUGCCACGCUGGAGGAGCUGGAGAAGAACAUUGAGAGCGACUAUAUUGACCAUCUACAGAACAGCUGCUGGAAAGAGAAACAGCAGAAAUCUGAUCUAGCUAACCUCGGGCAGCUGUACCGCGACGAGCGUCUGAAACAGAAGGCCGAGACAAUGAAGCUUGAUCACUGUGACAAGCUGCAUCGCUUCUUGAGUCGACAGAAAGGAGAAUGAGCCCGCGUUCCCUCCCAGCAAGCACGGCCAACCUAAUAAGAGCUUUUAGUAUCUGUUAUAUAUUUCCUCGGGGGUCAACUUUUUUGGAAUGAAGAAAGGAACAGUGAGAUGAUUACAGCAGUGUAGCCCAAUCUGAUAUUCUUGUAAGUGCUGGUACCCGAUUCAUCCCUGAAGGCUGAACUGAUUCGGAUGUGUUGCACAGCUUCAAGGUAUGGAGGGUGUGACUGGUUCGAGUGCCUGGGAUUUUUUCCUUACAUUAAGGAGUGCAGGCAUCAGGCUGGCAGACAGGGUUAAGAUAGCUAUUGUUGAGUUCACACUCCUGGUUUAUUGCUUGAGGUUUAUUGUUAAUAGAAAUAUUGUAUUUAAUAACAUUAUUUAACUUCUUUUUCCUGAAUCUGUGCUGUGAGUUAAACAUUGACAAGAUGAUUAAAGCUGUUACUAGGAAAAAGCGAUUUUUCUUUUUUUGUAGAAAACUAAAAACAACUGUUAUUAAAGACAGGGACAUAAACCACUACACAGCUUUUAAAAACUCUCAAAGUAGCGAAAAUAAUCUUUGUAUACAUUAACUCAGUGUUUUAGUCAUUUGUUACAAUGUUGUACAUUUUGGAAGGAGAAAAAAUACUUUUUCUGGGCAUUGACAGACUUGUUGGUUAAUUCACCUACAAUUUUGAUUUCUAUUUUGGCACUUUAGUUUCUCUUUAAACUUUAUUAAUAUAUUGCAUGCAACAGUUCAUCCCUGCAUUCUCCUGCUUUUUGCUCAGAAGUGUUAAGAACCGUUAAAUAUCAGUAAAUAUGACCAUGGGAGUCUGUUUUGAUGUAGAAUCCAUGUUUAACCACAUGUCACCGUCAUAACACUAUAGUCAUAACGUUCUGAAUAUAAUGAACUUUAGCACAAAUUGAGCAUGAAUGUUGAGAUGUUCAGAAGUGCUAAGGCAGAAUCCUGAUCUCAAGUGUUACGAGAAAGCGUCAAAGGUGACGUGUGAAGUUUGUGUCAGUGGCGGUAUUGUGAUCUUGUUUCUACGCAGUACCCAAGCUGUUGGUGCUUUAGUUUGGAUUGAAUGCAUAUUUUGU